UAUUGGGUAAUCAGCCCCAAAUGAAGCGUAGACGUCUCCAUUGGGAUAAUUUACAAUGCAUUGAAUAUGCUGCAUCGAAAGAAGGAGCCUCAGCAUUGUUAAAUCCUACAGAAUUAUCAUCUGAUUCACAUAGAUUAAAUCGUAGACUUCGGCCAGCAAACCGAAAGCAUCGACAAAAUGUGCUUCCUUCACAAAACAAAUUUAUAGCAUGUAAUUCAAGUACAUCUGUUUCUUCACCACUAAAGGCUGCACCAGGUUAUCCAAGAGCAUCUGUUUCUUCACCACUCAAGGCUGCACCAGGUUAUCCAAGUACAUCUGUUUCUUCAACACUAAAGGCUGCACCAGGUUAUCCAAGUACAUCUAUUUCUUCACCACUAAAGGCUGCACCAGGUUAUCCAAGAGCAUCUGUUUUUUCACCACUCAAGGCUGCACCAGGUUAUCCAAGUACAUCUGUUUCUUCAACACUAAAGGCUGCACCAGGUUAUCCAACUUCAUCUGUUUCUUCACCACUAAAGGCUGCACCAGGUUAUCCAACUGCAUCUGUUUCUUCACCACUAAAGGCUGCACCAGGUUAUCCAAGUACAUUUGUAUCUUCACCACUCCAGGGAGCACCAAGUUAUCCAGGUGCAUAUGUUUCUUCACCACAGCAUAUUGCACAAAGUUUUUCCCGGUUGAAAAAAUAUAAUUUUUCUGGGUUUUCUAGGGCUUCAUUAUUAAUAACAGAAACUUCUGAAUCAUCAGGAAAUAUUAGAAAAGACCAUGGUGGGAAUGAAGCUGAGUGUGAUCAGAGCAAGUUUAUUUCUAAUUCACGUGAGCAAAAUCUUUUCUUGAUUCAACAUACAGGUCUUCCUAGGAAGUUCAAGGAAAUAUCAUGUGAGAGAAAAUCAAGAGAUACAGAUAUUUUUCAGAAUGAUCGAUCAGCUCUUUCCUUAAAUUUAAAUUCAGUUAAAAAAAGAAACUCUAAUAAAAAAAAAGCAAAAAGAAAACUCUCUCAAAAGAACACACUAGAAAAUUACUUUAAGACUUUUCCUGUAAAAGACACUAUAAAACUUAAUGUUAGUGUUGAUAGCAGAAAUGAAGGUUAUUUUGUUGGUCCGAGUAAAUCUUCAUCUCAAUUUGAGUCUAAAUGUUUAACAUCUCUAGGACACUUGGGUACUCCAACAAGCAAAUCCAAUGUAUAUGAAAAUCCAGAGAGUGAUCAUGCUAUAGAUUUACAAACUCUUCCUGUCAUAAGGGACCGAAAUUAUGAUAUGAUAAACAACUUAGUGGAUGAUGAACUUUUUGGAGAUACAUAUGGACUGUUAGGUACUGAAGAUGCUGUAUUUAGGCUGGCUGCAGAAGCAGAGGAGAUUGCUGAUAGUGCCAAAUCUCAAGGAAUUGAUUACUUUGCUCUAUUGCCAGUUCAUUGUUUUGAGUUGAUCUUGUGUCAUCUUCCAGUGUUGGACCUCCUUCUUAACCUAACAAAAGUGAACAAAUACUGGAAUCAAGUGAUUAGUAACAAACAUUUCAUACCCUGGAAGAAGAUGUACCACAGGCUGAAGACCAACAGUGAUGCAGGGGUAAAAAUCCAAAUCAAAACUAUCUGUGAAAAUUAUGACAUGAAUUCUGUGAAGUAUUGCAUUAUAGGACUGAUCAGGUACAUGAAAAGCUUUCGUCAAUCUGCAUCCUCUGAAUCAAUCAGCUUUCUGCAACACCAUAAAAAGAUAAAGUGGGUACUAGAAUUACUGGAGGAGAGAGAACCCCAAUUA